CCUGAGCAGACCUUUAGAAUGCGGAAUGGGGCAAUGGAUGCUCAUUGGCCUCCUGGCCUUUUGUUUGGCUUCAGCCUCCGCGAGGGCGCCAAUCGCGUCAGGCGUUUGCCCCAAAGGCUACUUCAGGAACGCGACGGUUCUAUUUCCCUGUGACCAACAUUCAGGAGUGGCCUUUGCACCUGUGAGCAAGACAGAAGAUGUGACUAUACGCGUGCCAACUGGAGUGCAGGACCUGAAGCUCCUGGUCCGUGCGCAAUUCGCCAUGAUGAUAGCCUUCCGAGACCCUCUGGACAACAAGCAGAUACCUUUUGUGAAAGAUGGAGAGAAAACACAAGCAUGGCGGGACCUGUCCUUGCAGCUGGAUGCAGGCCAAGUGCUUUCUCAACAAACUGGCAUGUGGGAAGGCAACUGGCGUGUGGGCCUGAAUUACAUUGGUACAUCCCAAGAAGAGCUGGAUGUAAUUGUGCGUGGCGUUCCCGAAGGUGGAACGCAUGAACUCGUGAACAUAAGCUUCAGUUAUACUGCAUAUCAUGGUUGCACCAAGCCAUCCGUCCCUAAGGGGUGUGCAGACUUUGCUCGGUUUGCCAGCCGUCAGCUUGUGUUCAAUUGGAGCUCAUGGGUGCAAGAGAAGUUUCCGACUGCUGAUGCUGCCUGGAGUGAGCUUUGCGACAAAACCAUGGAAAAGGUGACUCCCUUGCAAGCUGGGCCCGUCCCCUACUAUAUGUUCGGCGAGGUUUGGGGAAAGUGGCCUUUGGCAAACUUGGUGCAUCCAGGUUGGCGAGAAGCAUUCAGAUUCUUUGACACACUAGGAGGAACGCCGCCUGACGGGUACGUCGAGCCUCUUGAGUUCCGAACUGGCUACGGCCUUGCGAGCACAUACUUGUCAAUGUUUGGAUGGUGUGAGAUCUUGCGAAAGCAAUACCUCACAUGGGAAGAAGCCUGGAAAGCGUUGAGCGGUGCUGAAUUUGGCUUUGAGAGCCCCGUGAACUUCGAGAAGUGGAAAACAUCCUUCUGGGAUACCUACAAGCCAGAAGAAGGAAUGAGCAAAGCUACUGCAGAUGAGUCUUUUGUUUAUGCCGACGCUGAUGGUAACGAAGAGGUGUCGCAAAAGGAGUUUGCAAGCAUUUACUUCAGCUGCGCCCCAGAGAACCAGGGUAAACCACCAGGAGGUCAAGCUGCACAGGCUGAAAAAGAGGAGGAAACAGCUGCCGAAGCAGCCACGAAGGAGAAGCUGCCAGAGACUGACGAUGCUGUAUCCCGGUGCUUGUAUGAAAACAUCGAAUAUUCUGGAAGCGAAGCUGGGGCCAUCCUCCACACACCGAACCUCACUGAAUGUCAGGUCAAUUGCCGAAACACUGCCGGCUGUGGCCACUUCACAUUUCGCUAUGAAGAUGGUAGCUGCAAAAUCUUUGGCCUUGAUGCAAUUUGGCUACCAGAGACGGGGGCUGUUUCUGGCCCGGCUAGAUGUGUGGCACAGGUGAGGCUGACGCUUCAAGACCUUGGAGAUUUGGCCAAGCUUGAGAAGGAAAAGGACAUUUUGCAAGUCGAGAUUGCCACAGAAUUGGCAAAAUCUGCCAAGAUACCAGUGCACGACAUUCGUGACAUGGCCGGCCAGGUUGGCAAGGUCACGUUGUCAGCAGAUGCUUCUGCUUCUGGGAAGCUCUUCAUGGAUUCCUUUGUAGAUAUGCCUGCUGGAAGCAAACUUCAGGACAUGCAGAAGGUAGCAGCUCAGAGCGAAGCAAAUCGGAAGUUGCGCGAGGCAUUGCAAGCUGACACUGCUUCUUCAGAUGCACAGAUGGAGGUGCUGGUGGAGGCAAUACCUUUCGCACAGUGCUUUGUGAUGGGGACGAAGUUUGAACCAAAUAUGGCGGAUUUGGCAACAGCACUUACUGCAAGGGCAUGCCAAAACAUGUGCCAAAGGACGGCAGGCUGUGCCUUCUUCUCGUACCUGCAAGACUCUCAGCAAUGCGGUCUACAUGUGGCCUCGGCAAAGCCUAUCUUCUUUGAAUCUGCAAUGGCAGGACCUCAGGAAUGCCAAGGUCUCCCAUCUGUUUACGAACCUUCAGCAGACGAGAUGGAGGUAGCAGGAGCAGGAGGCAGCAUGCUUUCCAAUCCUUGGUUCUGGAUUGCGCUCAUUGUUUUGAGUGCAAUCCUGGUGGCUUUAGCGUGCUGGCUGCGCAAAUCUGCCGUGUGCGCCAAGAAAACCAAGAGGCGGCAAGUAUCACGCCAAGGUGUGGACGGAAAACUGGGACCUGGAGAGCACAGGUAUAUGCCGCUCCCUGCUGACCAGCAACUGGAGCAGGACAUGCUGGCGCAAGCUGCAUCAGAUGCAACUUGGCAGCAGGUCGCAUUGCAGGGUCCAUCACAACCUUCCCAAGUUCCAACGCCAGAUUUUUCUCCAAUGAGUGGAAGAUGGAAUGGCAGUGCAAGCUACGGCAGCCAUGCCGGCAGUCAGUGGCAGCCAAUGCCUUUGCCAAGUGGAAACAUGAGCGCCCCUAUGACUGAUCAAGCUUGGCAAUUUUCCAACCCAUCUGGCACGCAAGGGCAGCCUGACUGGAUGCCACACUUCUUGGGUGCAGAGGCAGUGAGGGAAUAUGAUAUGUGGCGAUCCCAGAGGCCUGAGCGGUCAUCCUGGCCACUGCAGCAGAUGCCUCCGAUGUUCCCCAUGCCCGCGCCACCGCAGAGUGACAUCCCAUACGCAUACAGUUUGCCAGCGCAAGCCGGGCGACUGGGAACCAAUCUCGGAGACACAGAUUCACUGCGAUAUGAUCCGCGCAUAACAUAGCAACCUUUCGCCGUUUCCAAUUUGAAAAAUGCAGAGGCCACGUCAUCAUUCAUAGGAUUGUAUUUUUGUGAACGCAGCCAUGAAGAGCUGCGCCUUCAAUCGACGGUGGCCAAGUUGACUAUGGGCUCGGCCAUUCCAACUGAAAC